UGUGUGUGUGUAUCAGAAACCGUUGAAUCACAGUUUACUGUAAAAGUUAGAGACCGCAUAGAAGUCACUGCUCAAGCGUUUGGACUGUUUAAUAGACGAUGACAGCGAGCGGGAGCUAGCUAACUUCUCGUCAGUGUAACUUAGCCGUCCGCCGGUGGAGAUGUUGGAAUAAUUUAAGUGUGUGUGAUGGCAGAGCUCCCGUCCGGACUGCUGGAGGCAUGUGUAGUGGUUGGAGCCCCAAGCGAUAAGCUGCGAGACAUAUACCAGCUUCAUCAGCAGAGUAAGUUAGAUGAACUCCCCCUGCUGGAAUCUGAGGUACUGCAGGUCCAUGCCCCGCCCUUCGUUUCCAAGGAGACCAACUCCAGCCAGUCGAUUGGUCCAGCUUUCAGUCGUGUCCAGAGGAGAAGGAGCUUCAUCAAGAAGAAGAGGCGAGAUCGUGCUCCAGAGGUGUUGCCUAAUGGAGAAACAACCAAUCGUACAGAAGCGUCUUCGGCAACAGAGGACAUCAGCGUUCCAAAGGAUCUGGACCUCAUCGCCUUGCCCCAGCUCUGUUUCCCUGGUGGUCUUCAGUUAGCCAGUGAGCAGAGAGAAGACAGUUAUCACUUCCUGGUUUUCACUGACCUUUUUGGGAACCGAACCCACGGGGUUGUUGUGCAGUACUACAGGGCUGUACAGGCCUGUCAGGACGGUGUUGUCCAGAAUGGCCACAGGUGGAAUUCCAAGUCCCGUCUAUAUACGCCCUUUGCUGUGUGUGUCAUCUCCAAGUUCCCCUAUUACAACGCUCUGAGAGACUGCCUGUCAUGUCUUCUGGUCCAGUUGCGGCCUGCAAGACAAACUGACAUUGAGGAGACAAUAAAGGAAUUUUCAGCCAAGCUGUCCCUGGUGCCUUUACCGCCUCCUGGACGACUACAUGUGUGCUUCAGCCUCCGUCCCAUCCAAGUGGUUCUUCCAUCAAGGGAGGACCCGGACAGCCCCGUUAUCGACAUUGACCUACAUCUACCCUUCCUCUGUUUUACUCAUGCAACACUGCUUCAGGUGCUGUCCUGCCUCCUGCAAGAGCAGAGGCUGGUAUUCUUCUCCGCUGACUGGGCCAGACUCACUCUGGUUGCAGAGAGUUUGCUGCUGUACCUGCAGCCUUUGUCCUGGCAGCAGCCUUAUGUUCCUGUCUUGUCUCGAGGAAUGCUGGACUUUCUCAUGGCUCCGACAGCCUUCCUGAUGGGCUGUCACAUCAGUCACUUUGAGGAGGUUGCUGCAGAGACAGAGGAACUAAUCCUGGUGAACAUUGAUGAUGGCAUCAUCCAGUCAUCGUGGUCUGAGACCAUUGACCUACCAGCUAUCCCUCUGGCUGCGGCUGAGAGCUUUAUGUCAAGGGCAGAGUGUCUCCAGCUCCACUAUGACUUGGAGCUGUGUCACCUCGGAGUUGGCACUGAUGCCAACGCCAUGCGAUGCCACCGCAGAGACUGGCAGACUCGCCUCAAUACACAGAUACGAAACAUCACCCUGGAACUAGUGGUCAACAUCUUCAGAGGCGUCCAGGACUUUCUUAACCAUGAACACAGAGUUUUUAACAGUGAGGAGUUUCUGAGGACCAGAGAGCCAGCAGACCAGGCCUUUUACAAGAAGGUAUUAGACACUCAUAUCUUCCACUCGUUCCUGCGAGACAGGCUGAACAGGAAACGGGACACCUUCAGCUGCAUGGAGCACAACACGCGUAACCAUGCACACAGGAAUGCGAUGACAGAGUUCCCUCGACGUCCUCUCAUGUCUGAACUGUCCAGGACCGGCUACAGAAGCUACACCAGCCCUCACGACAGACUGAGCAAGCGGCUGGGAGCCAGCCUACCUAACCUGGAUCAGUCUGCCAAUGACACUUUGACUGCCAUCAGCUCCAGCAGACCAGCCUCCCUCAGGAAGAUGACUCCUGAUAUUGGUUUGAAGUCCCCUCAGAAAGUAGUGAAGGUUUUCCGCCUCCCAGAGUUCCCUCCUCCGCUGGCCUACCAUUAUGUCCAGAACUAUUACUCUGACAUGGUUGCUUCCCUGGGGAAGGCUAUUAACGCUACACCGCCUGAUGAGUCUGCUCUGCUGGCCAGGUACCACUACCUGCGCGGUUUGGUAAACACUGUGUCCAACAGGCGUCUCGAUGCAUUGGAGGACUUCCAGAGUCUUUAUAAAACUGACUCAGACAUCUUCCCUUCUCAGAUGGUUAAGUCUCUAGUUGAGUCACUUCCAGAGGCUGAACGGUUACAGGCGGACAGACGGCCAGAACUGAAACGGCUCAUCAGUCGUCUCAAGAGGGACCAGGAGCGGGAACGCGCGCGCCAUGACAACGGGCACGAAGAAGGUGCCGUGAAGCGCUUUCAGCUGCCUAAAAAAUACAUGCAGCUGGAGGAGUUUGUGAAGUGCAUCCAGGAGUCCGGCAUCGUAAAAGACCAAGGAACCAUACAUAGACUCUUUGACGCUCUAACUGUAGGUCAUCAGAAGCAGGUUGGUCCAGAGCUGUUCAGAGUCUUCUACACCAUCUGGAAGGAGACAGAGGCCGAGGCUCAGGAGGUGUGCUUGCCAGCGUCUGUCUUGGAGCACAUAGAGCCCAGCGAGUGCGUCUUCAAGCUGUCCUCCUCUGUCAAGACGAGCCGCGGUGUGGGGAAGAUCGCCAUGACUCAGCGACGGCUCUUCUUGCUAACCGACGGACGACCGGGAUACGUGGAGGUGGCACAAUACCGAGAUUUAGAGGAGGUGAAGGUGUCCUCAGCUCCCUUCCUGCUCCUGCGAAUCUCCAGCCUGAAGCUGCGUGUUCGGGGCCGAAAAGAGGCAUUCGAGGCCAAUCUGAAAACGGAGACUGAGCUGUGGAACCUGAUGGUCAAAGAGAUGUGGGCCGGGCGCAACAUGGCUGACCAACACAAGGACCCCCAGUACAUGCAGCAGGCUCUGACCAAUGCCCUGUUAAUGGAUGCAGUAGUGGGCAGCCUUCAGAGCAGUAAGGCCAUAUACGCUGCUUCGAAGCUGGCUCACUUUGACCGCAUCAAGAUGGAAGUGCCAAUGAUGGUUCCCAAGACAACCGCAGAGACACUGAAGCACAAAAUUAACCCCUCGCUGGAACUCGCUGCACCUCAAGCUGUAGAUGUACUGCUAUACACACCAGGUCAGCUGUGGGUGUCCGUGAGCGGUGGGAAGGUAAUGGUGUUUGAUGCCUCCAGCUGGUCCCUCACGCACACCUGUCACGUUGGGAAUGCAAGACUGAAUUGCAUGCUGGGAGUUGAUAAUGACCAGGUCUGGAUGGGUUCUGAGGACUCCGUUAUCUACAUCAUCAGCAUGGUGGCCAUGGUCUGCAACAGACAGCUGACGGAGCACAGGGCGGAGGUCACUGGACUGGCACUUGACAUAGACAAAUACAGCCAGAAGGUGGCGUACUCCUGCAGUGCAGAGGGCAGCGUCAUGGUGUGGGACGUCUCAACACUACAGGUGAAGAGGCACUUCCGCCUCUCCUGUGACCGUCUGCAGUCGGUCUCCAGCUGUAACGGAACGCUGUGGUGCUGCUCCAGGGACGGCAUAAUGGAGGUGUGGAGGAACGGUUCAGUGAAACAUCGUCUGAACCUGCCAGAGCAGCACAGAGGAUCCACAGCUAUGUUCAGCUCUAUGCUGCUGUUACCUGAGAGGGAGGAGCUGUGGAGUGUUUGUGUGGACUCAGGAGAAGUGUGUAUUUGGAAAAUUAAGGACACCAACAAACCGCUCCACCGUGUGGCGCUGCAAGACUGCACCGGAUGUUACUGCAUGAUCAAAGUGAAAAAACAGGUGUGGGUUGGAGGUGUUGGCCGCAGUUCUACAAAAGGGAAGAUUUACAUCCUAGACACCGAAUGCCACCAGGUCCUGAAGGAGCUCCACGGCCACAACGACAAGGUCACGGCGCUCUGCUCUGCGGAGGAUCGCUACGUCCUCAGUGGGGCUGGCAAACAGGACGGAAAGAUCGCCAUCUGGAAGGUGGAGUAGAGACUUUCACUCUCCGGAAAGUUUUAUUUUCUUUGAACCAAGAAAGGAGCCCAGGUCGAGAAUCUGUGGGAAAAGGAUCGGAGAUCUGUGUUUCUGGAAAUCUCAACUUGCCUUUUGCAUCUCAGAGAUAUGACGGGAUCACGUGGCUGCCAUGUGAAGCAACACGUUUACAUAAAGGAACACCAGCCGAGCAGGGUUUCCUGCUAUGAAGUGGUGAUUUGUAGUCAGAAAUACUAACAGCACUAACACGUUAUUUUUCGGGAACAUGAAGGACAGAUGAAGGCUGAAAAAGGAAAAGUGUCCGCAGCUUCUCUGGGUAUGCUUUUUAAUCCAAAGUGCUUCACUUUACUGAAGGUUUAUACAUUUUUAGUAUCGUCAUACCUUAUUUAAUGCCAAUAAUGAGUUCGAUCACACUAGUAUUAUGUGGGAACACUGUGUGACUGAGCCUUGCUUCAAACUGACUUUCUACAGAUCAAAGCAGUCAAACUACCUUGAAAACCAAACUCCUGUGAUUAGAGAUUUCCCCAUCACUGUGGGAAAAGCCCUGAAAAAGUGCAUUUUGAUGGACGUUGUGCUUUAAUGGACAGUUUCAGUGGAGAGUGACUGGGAAUUGAGUUAGACCUGUGAUCCAGCCAUGCAUGUGUUUCAGAGCACCUCAAGUGUUGUCCUGCAACAGCUGCAAUCUGAUAAGAAAACACAAAAUAAGGACUAACCCCACAGUGUUUCACACUUGUUGUAUUUCUUUCUUGUCAUAUUUACCUCAUUGUUAAACAUUUUUCUCUAUUUAUUAGCUAGAAAGUUAGUGUUCUCUGUGUUAUUGGGUAGCUGAUUUUAACAAGUUGUUUUUAUUCAGACUGACAGAAGCUGUGAAGGUUCUAGUCAAAAGUCAUGGCUAUAAAAUGCUUUAUGCAUAUUAAAAAUGUACUUGUUUAAGUUAAGAGGCUAUAAAUUGCCUCAUGUUUAUAAUCUACAGGCAUUUGGGUCCUGUAUGUUUUAUCAGUUUUGUAGCUAGUUAUUAUUAGAAUAGUGUUAUUUGUAUACUUGUAACUAAGUGAAACAGGGCAGACUGAAGUUUUCUUAUUUUCACCUUUUCUGCCUUUUACAGCCCCCCUUUUUUUUCCUCUCCCAAAAAUGAACUUUCUGGAACUCUUGAACAAUGAGUUAAGAAGUAGACACACAAGUCCUACAUAUCUUUAUUAUUUGUAAUUAUACACUGUAUAUAACUUGUGAACAUGAACAUAAGAUAUAUCCCUCUUGUAAACUAGACUGGUGACACUGCAAACAUCUCAAACUUAUGUGUGUUUUUGGUUUUUUUAUAAUAAUGUCUUCACUGACUUUUUAUAAGACUUCAUACUGUAUAAUAUCCCCAAGACCCUUCACAAGAUUCUCUAAUACUUAACCAGACAGUGAACAAAGCAAAUACACACUUUUUAAAGAAAGUCUUCACUUUGUCUUUAUUUGUAACCAGUGUGUGUUUUUGCACUUCCUACAGUUCACCAGAAGGUGGUGCUGUUUGAUACCAAUAGAGGUUAAAGUGGGCGCUCUAUAUAUUAGGGCUGUUUUCCGUGAACAGUUAUUUUAUUAGCUAAAUUAUUAGCCACUUUGUCUAUAAAAUGUUUGAAAUUAGUGAAAAAUGGCCAUUAGAAUUCUCAAGAGCCCAAUAGUGGCAUCUUCAAAGUCCUUCUUUAAUCUGACUAUCAGUCCAAAACCCCCAAAUAUUUAGUUUUCAAUGAGAGAAAUUUUUGAGACGAGAUAUUUUAUAGCAUUUGCUAUAGCAAACAUGGAAGCUAUUUGACUCCUGCCUCCUCUGUCUGGGCUGCAGGGCGUUGGAGUGAUAAGAAAGACACAACAUAAAGCUAGAGCAGGCUGUCUCCACCCUGAUCAAGCGUUCCUGAGCAAAACACUGAGUCCCUGCAGGGUUUCUGCGCUGUGAAUGACCUCUGACCUCCCUGUGAGGCCAGUCAAGGUGUUUUUACAUC